UGUAUGCAUAACUGUUUUGUUAAUCACUGUAUAGCAUUCUCAUUCUCAUGGACUUCUUUAAGUUAACCAACUGAUUUUAGUAGAGGGCCUCAUUAGCAAAUGAAUCUGGGAAAGAAAGAGAACUGCAGAAUUCGGGUGAACCAAAAUACUAUUUCUUCUGCCUUGUCUCUCUUUAAAAAUGUUUCCUCUUUCUCUUUUCUGUUUUUGCCUUCCCUUCUCCUCCUCCUCUCUCUCAACUUCAGUCUCUCCCCACCUCUCACCUCUAGCCAUUGACCAUCAGCAUUUCCUUGAUUCUUCCUUUCACUCAGCUUCAUUCCACCAUGCCCAAAGCAUUCCUGCUGCUAUGUGUUGCCGUGGUGCUACCGGGGCUUGUGCAUGGAGCCAUGUUGAGAAACGAAGAGAAAUGGAAGCCGCUCAACAAUCCUAGAAACCGAGAUCUAUUUUUCAGAACCCUUCAGGCGUAUUUUAAGGGACGGGGUCUUGAUCUUGAGAGGUUUUCGAAUACUUUCUCCAUGAACGAGAAUCCCAGACCUCUUUCUUUCCAAUCAGAACUUAUUGCUUCUGCAUUUUCAGAUUUUAAGGAACAGAAAAACUCCUUCCCCAAACACCUCAAAGGCUGAAUGUUUAUUUUGAGCACAGGUGUCUGGCUGAUUUAAAGCUACAAAGGAGACUUCUCAUUAGAAAAAUUCAGUCAUGGACAUGGCUAAUCUUUUGCUUUUCCCCCUCCAUUUUUGUCAAUUUCUAAUGAUUUUUAGUCUACAUUUCCAGGUGUACAUGUAAGCAACUUGAG